CCUGUUAGAAUUGACAACAGAGCCGCUACCGGGAAGCUAACUGGUUUAAACCUGUUGUUCGUCAAUAAAUGUUGUUGUAGCACAAAUAUUGAGGAACAACAAUGAUUCCUUACACUGUCAACAUCAAGCUUGCGGCUCGGACGCUGACUGGCACUCUCAAUCUGCAGAAUAAAACCGCAGUUGAUUGGGGUUGGCAGGGCCUUAUCGCUCAGGGAUGUCACUCCAGUAUUCUCAUAAUUGAUCCAAAAACAGCCCAGACAAUCCAGGUGCUGGAGAAACACAAAGCAAAUGUAGUCAAGGUGAAGUGGUCCAGGGAGAAUUACUACCACAACAUCAGCUCGCCGUACUGUCUGCGGCUGGCCUCGGGAGACGCGUCGGGGAAGAUCAUCGUGUGGGAUGUGGUCAGCGGGACCGCCCACUGUGAGAUCCAGGAGCAUUCGAAACCAAUCCAGGACCUGGAGUGGUUGUGGAAUCAGGAUGCGUCUCGGGAUCUCCUGUUGGCCGUCCAUCCUCCCAACUACAUCGUUCUGUGGAACGGAGACACCGGCACCAAGCUGUGGAAGAAGAGCUACGCUGAAAACAUCCUCUCCUUCUCUUUUGACCCGUUUGACCCCUCUAACAUGGCAUUGUUGACCAGUGAGGGGAUCGUCUUUAUCACAGACUUCUCCCAUGCCAAGCCACCAGGCAGCGCAGGCAAAAAAGUCUACAUCGCCAGUCCUCAUGCGAGCCCGGCACACACCAAACCUGCUCCGGCUGCCACCCCGGCACCGACCGGUGCCAAGAAGGCCCUCAACAAGGUCAAAGUGCUCAUCACCAAUGAGAAACCCACUGCGGAAGCAGUGACCUUGAACGACUGUCUGCAGCUGUCAUACCUGCCAUCCAAGAGGAACCACAUGCUGCUGCUUUAUCCCAGAGAGAUUUUAAUCCUGGACCUGGAGCUCAGCCAGACGGUUGGUGUGGUGGCUAUCGAGCGCUCUGGGGUGCCCUUCAUCCAGGUGAUUCCCUGCGCUCAGCGAGAUGCCCUCUACUGCCUCCACGAGAACGGCUGCAUCACCCUGCGUGUCUGCCGCUCCACCGUCGCUCCAGAGGAAGCAGCAGAUCCAGAGCAGAGCGUUCAGGAGCUUGUCUACGACCUCCGGUCUCAAUGUGACGCCAUCCGCGUUACCAAGACGGUGCGACCGUAUCGCAUGGUCAUCUGUCCCGUCAACGAAAACAACGCCGGGCUGAUGGUCAGCGACGGGCGCGUCAUGCUGUGGGAGCUCAAAGCUCACACUGGCAAGGCUGCUGUCAACCCCAGUUCGGGUCUGUCGCCGCUCUACUCCCCCGUGUCCUUCUGCGGAGCUCCGCUGGGUCCAAACCAAAAGAAGAUUCAGGAUCUCUGUCUCAACAGCAUGAUCGGUCAGACUCUGAUCGCCGGUGAAGUUCCUCCACCAUUGUCCAAUCAGCAAGAGGUCCAGUUGAAGUUCCUGCUGACCGGCCUGCUGUCCGGCCUGCCUCUGCCGCCCUUUGCCAUUCGCAUGUGUCCACCUCUUACCACCAAAAAUAUCAACCACUACCAGCCGCUCCUGGCUGUAGGCACCAGUAAUGGAUCUGUACUGGUCUAUAACCUAACCAGCGGUCUCCUCCACAAAGAACUCAGUGUACACUCUUGUGAAGUCAGGGGGAUUGAAUGGGUGAGUCUCACCAGUUUCCUGUCUUUUGCGACGUCUGCUCCCAACAACAUGGGCCUUGUGCGAAACGAGCUGCAGCACGUCGACCUCCCUACAGGCCGGUGCUUUGCAUUCCGAGGCGAGCGAGGGAAUGAUGAGCCACCCAUUGAGAUGAUUAAAGUGUCUCAUCUGAAACAGUACCUGGUGGUGGUGUUCAGAGACAAACCCCUGGAGCUGUGGGACAUCAGGACUGGGACACUUCUGCGGGAGAUGGCAAAGAACUUCCCCACCGUUACUGCGCUGGAGUGGUCUCCGUCCCACAACCUGAAGAGUCUGAAGAGGAAGCAGAUGGACGCCAGAGUGGCCAUGGCCCGGCAAACUGUGUCCGACGCCGAGCAGAGCAGCGUCGACUCUUCGGUCAUCAAUCUCCUGCAAGUCGCUGAGAGCAAGUCCGAGACGAGUCAGGCCAUCUCGGCCAGGGAGCACUUUGUAUUCACCGACACCGACGGGCAGGUCUACCACAUCACCGUGGAGGGCAACACAGUCAAAGACGGUGCACGAAUUCCCCCCGAUGGUAGUAUGGGCAGUAUUGCCUGCAUCGCCUGGAAAGGCGACACCCUGGUUCUUGGUGAUGUGGACGGCAAUCUCAACUUCUGGGACCUCAAAGCUCGUUUAUCAAGGGGAAUACCGACUCACCGGGGCUGGGUGAAGAAGAUACGGUUUGCCCCUGGUAAGGGCAACCAGAAACUGCUGGUCAUGUACACCGAUGGAGCUGAGGUCUGGGACACCAAAGAGGUCCAAAUGGUCAGCAGCAUGCGAAUCGGCCGCAAUGUGAACUACCGCAUCCUAGACAUCGACUGGUGCACGUCAGACAAGGUGGUUCUGGCAUCGGAUGAUGGCUGCAUCCGAGUGCUGGAGAUGGCCAUGAAGUCCGCCAGCUACCGAAUGGAUGAGCAAGACCUGACAGAUCCGGUGUGGUGCCCUUACCUGUUGGUGCCCCGUGCUGCCCUCACCCUGAAGGCCUUCCUUCUUCUGCAGCCCUGGUCAGGAACCUUUACCAUGGACAUCACUCAAGUAGACUACAAUGAGAGAGGCGAGAUAAAAGGCCUGAUCCAGGAGCAGCUCAACUCGUUGUCGAAUGAUAUGAAGAGCGUGCUGCAGGACCCGGAGCUCAGUCUUCUGCAGCGGUGCCUCCUGGUCUCACGGCUCUUCGGGGAUGAAUCCGACCUUCACUUCUGGACGGUGGCGUCCCACUACCUCCAGUCAUUCGCACAAGCUCGCCAGCUGAGCGUGUCCACCGCAGAGGGGCAGGCCCCGAGCGAAGGAAGUCAAGCGUCCCCUCAUAACCACCUGGACAUCUGCCACGAUGUCCUGUGUGAGAGCUCCUACUUCCAGAAGUUCCAGCUGGACCGGGUUCACCUUCAGGAGGUGAAGCGCUCCAGUUAUGAGCACACUAAGAAAUGUGCUGACCAGCUCCUCCUGCUGGGUCAGACGGACAGGGCGGUGCAGCUGCUGUUGGAGACGAGCGCAGACAACCCCAGCUACUACUGCGAUUCGCUCAAGGCCUGCCUGGUGACCACCAUCACCUCCUCAGGACCCUCACAGUCCACAAUCAAGCUGGUGGCCACCAACAUGAUUGCCAAUGGGAAGCUAGCAGAGGGAGUUCAGCUGCUGUGUCUGAUUGACAAGGCAGCGGACGCUUGUCGCUACCUGCAGACCUACGGGGAGUGGAACCGAGCCGCUUGGCUGGCGAAGGUGCGCUUGAACCCAGCAGAGAGCUCGGAUGUGCUGAAGCGCUGGGCAGAACACCUGUGCUCUCCGCAGGUCAACCACAAAUCCAAAGCCAUUCUGGUGCUGCUGUCGCUGGGCUGCUUUUACAAAGUGGGAGAGAUGCUCCACAGCAUGAGGCACUUUGAUCGCGCCGCCCUCUUCAUCGAAGCCUGUCUGAAGUCUGGGGUGAUGGAGGCCAACGACUCCUCUAAUAAACUCAUCGAAGCAGCGUUUUUGGACUAUGCACGCCUGCUGCGCUCCCUCGGCCUGCGGGAGGGCGCCGCUCUGUGGGCGUCACGGGCCGGCAGCGCCGGCGAGCAGCUGAUGGAGGAGCUGUUCCAGGGAGAAGGCGGCGCGCCAGAAGUGAUUCUUGGCGAGGAGGAGGUGGAGCUGGGCCAGGAGAGCACCGAGUGACCUCAGACAUGGGAGGUUUUAGAAGAGAAUGGAUGACUUUUUCUUUUUCUUCUUCUUCUUUUUUAGGUGUAGGUCAAAAGUCAACCAUUGAGUCUCUCCUCAGCCAAUCAAACAUUUUGGGAGAAAUCAGUUUCCUGGAGAGUUUUGGUCAUAAACUCCACACCAAGCAGGAGCCUCAGUUUGGAGUUCAGUCUGUGUGAAGUUGUCUGUUUAUCACUGGAUUGUGUUUAUAAUGAGGUUGACAUUUCUCAGCGUUCGGUAUGACCAGUGUGUGUGUGUGUGUGUGUGUGUGGGUGUGUUUGUGCUCAUGUGUGUAAGCAUGCAACGGCCCCAAAAGAGACGCACUUAGUUUCCUCAUUCCUUCGACACACUCGUCGUCCUCGCCUUGGUGUUGUGGUUAAUGAAUUCAAACCGUUUGAUUGGAUUUUGACGGAUGCCUGUUGAGCCUUAUUUUGUGUGCCUGUGUGAAUUAUUUCAAAGAUGUGUUGUUGCUCCGCGGGCUCCCGCUUGCCGAGAUAAGAUGUAGCAAAUUGAAUUCCUCCCCAAAUAAAAGCCUCCUCGCCGCAUUUUGAAAAUGCACUUGAUUUAGCCAGUGUCUACAUAGUUUAAGUGAGAAUUCACAUGACCGUCUGUCCGGCUGUGACAUAUUUUCACAGGAGAUAAACCCUUUAUCCACAGCAGCCACUGUAGCUGUAAUUGUUGGAUAGCAGUAAAACUGGAUAACCAGACCAGCCUUCACUUAUUAGCACAUUAUCUCCCGGUGCAGGGGGCACAGGAACUGGACCAUGAGGCAAUUUAAUUAGCUUAUACAGAGUUUAACUUCAGUUAAAUGGAUAUUGGUUGCUCAUUAAUCUAUUCCAUUAAUCCAAAUUGAUUUUUUUUUUUUUUUCUUCAUGAAGGCUCAAGAGGCGGUAUACUUUGAUGUUUGUAAAAUAAAGUUGUUCCUUAGUGCGUGUAACAAGUUGAGCUGUCCAGAUGUGUAGUAGCUCCUUCGAAGCGUCAUUCUCUCGCAGAAACGGUGAUCUGUGCUGCUCUCACUGUCGUCCAUUACAAUCAGAAAAAUAUCUGCCCGCCUAUCUUCUGGUGUUAUUCUUUUGCCUUCUUUGUACAAGACUGUCCUGAUAAUCAAACUGAAGUAUGCCACAACACAAAGACGUGAAGUGAUUUUUCGUGUUUUGUUCUGCUUGUGAUGUGUUCAGUAUUCCUGAAACAAGACAGUAACUCCUGGGACCUUUUUUUUUAUUAUUAUUAUUUCAUACGUUUAUUGUGUUUCAUAAACACAUCCGCACUGUUUUUUUUUUUUUCUUUUCUUUUCCAUGUGUCUAUUAAUUCCAAUCAUCGUCACUAUGGCAACCCAGGCCUAUUUCGGGGCCACCACACGUUGAUCCUGCGUGUGCGUUUCACAGAGCUCACUGACUUACUGUACGAUGGCAGUUCACACACAGCCCAGAUCCCUCGGCAGUUUCUCUGUUGGUGUGUGAUCUCCUCUCAUCACGUCAGUAUUGCAGAGCCGCCAUGUGCGUUCCAGUUUGAUUAACACUUUGCUGCUUUCCUUUGUAUUUAAAUGGACUCAUAUAUAUAUAUAUAUAUAUAUAUAUAUAUAUAUAUAUAUAUAUAUAUAUAUAUAUAUAUAUAUAUAUUAAAAAAAGAACAAUUCCCGAGAGACGAGCUGUGUUUCUCAACAGAGUCAAGUCUUCAGCAGUAUAUUUCCUAUGAGGAUAAGUCAUUGUAAUGUUGUUGAACUUUAGCUUUUUCCCAGUGUUCUUUGUUCAUUGUUUACACAGUGAUGCUCAUGCUUUAAAGAUAUCUGAUUUAAAAAAAAACAAAACAAAAUCAACAGAAGGAAAA